UAUUGGGCUUAGAAAAAAGUGAGCCCUAUUUAUAAACUCAUCUAAUUAGGGUUUUACGCCACUCGCCCACACUCUUCGUCUCCGGCGCUUUUAUCUGUUCCUACGUUUUCACGACUCACCAACAAUGGGGAAGACACGUGGAAUGGGAGCUGGGCGCAAGCUCAAGUCUCAUCGCAGAACCCAGCGGUGGGCUGACAAGUCAUACAAGAAGUCUCACCUUGGAAAUGAAUGGAAAAAACCAUUCGCCGGAUCCUCUCAUGCUAAGGGCAUUGUGCUUGAGAAGAUAGGCAUUGAAGCUAAGCAGCCUAACUCUGCCAUCCGUAAAUGUGCUAGAGUUCAGCUCAUUAAGAAUGGAAAGAAGAUUGCUGCUUUCGUCCCUAACGAUGGUUGCCUGAACUACAUCGAAGAAAACGAUGAAGUAUUGAUUGCCGGAUUUGGAAGAAAGGGUCAUGCCGUCGGAGAUAUUCCUGGUGUUAGAUUUAAGGUUGUGAAAGUAUCAGGUGUUUCCCUCCUUGCCCUUUUCAAGGAAAAGAAAGAGAAGCCUAGGUCUUAGAGCGAUUUUGCUUCAUAAGUUUUGAUCCAUGGCUGAAACUUUGUUUUUGCUCAUCCUUUUGUUCUUCUUUCUUUAAUUGAUGUCAAAACUUCUGUUUUGUUAUGUGUUAUAGUUCAUGAACACAAGUUCUCAGUGAAUUUAUCGGGUAUUAUUAGUUUGAA